AUGAAGGUCUUUCUCAGCGCGGCCGUCGUGUCAGCGAUGCUGCUGCCCUACUUAGCGGCGCAGGACGAGGACGCCCCUGUCGCAAGCCAAGCCGAGCAGCAGACGACCGAGCUGGACAAGCAGCAGCGCCAGCAGCAGCUGCAGGACCUGGAGAAGAGCGCGCUCUUUGUCGAGACGUUCGAAGCUGCGCAGGUGCUGGACGACUCGCGCUGGUUCAAGAGCACGCACGAGAAGUAUACGAGUCAGGACGUGAGUACCAAAGACGUCAAGACCGAAGCAGCGGCUCACUUGACGCCUGACCACGGGCUCGUGCUCAGUACAGCUGCGCGUCACUAUGGACUCGGCGUGAAGCUCGCGGAGCCGCUGCAAGUGGACGGCAGUGAGGGCAAGAAGGAGAUGGUCGUGCAGUACGAGGUGAAGCUGCAGAAGGGACUCAGCUGCGGCGGAGCGUACGUGAAGCUGCUGCGUCAGACGGAGGCGACUCCCGACUACUCGAGCUUUAGUGACUCGACGCCGUUUGUGCUGAUGUUUGGGCCCGACAAAUGCGGAUCUGAUGACAAGGUGCAUUUGAUCUUCCAGCACAAGAACCCCGUGUCGGGCGUGUACGAGGAGAAGCAGAUGAUGGAGGCGCCGCGCAUUAAGAACGACAAGGACACGCACUUGUACACGGCUGUGAUCCGUGACGACAACACGUUUGAGGUGUUUGUCGACCAGCUGUCAGUCAAGAGCGGGAGUUUGUUGACGGACUUUAUGCCUGCGGUGAUUCCUGAGAAAGAGAUUGAUGAUCCCGAGGAUUCGAAGCCGAGUGACUGGGUGGAAGAGAAGCAGAUCCGUGAUCCUAGCGCCGUGAAGCCGGACGACUGGGACGAAGACGCUCCGGCUCGUGUCGUGGACGAGGACGCUGUCAAGCCUGAGGAUUGGCUGGAUGACGAAGCGGCGAUGAUUGAUGAUCCGGAUGUGAUCAAGCCGGAAGACUGGGACGACGAGGACGAUGGCGAGUUUGUCGUGCCGCAGAUUGCUAACCCAAAGUGUGCGGAAGUGUCUGGGUGUGGUGAGUGGAAACAACCGACGAAGGCGAAUCCGAACUACAAGGGCAAGUUCUACCCUCCGUACAUUCCCAACCCAGCCUACAAGGGCGAGUGGACAGCGCGCAAAAUCCCGAAUGCGGACUACUUCGAAGACGCGCACCCGGCACGCAUGGAUCCCAUUGGUGCUCUGGCUGUGGAGGUAUGGACAAUGUCGGAGGGGAUCACGUUUGAUAACUUUUGGCUAGGUAACGAUUUGGAGAAAGCCCAAGAGUUUGCAGCGUUGACGUGGGCCCCCAAGCACGCUGCGGAGGCCGAAGUAAGCGAUAGCGCCAAACCGGAGAGUGAGGAAGUUGAUGAGGGUAGUGCGAUGAAGAAGCUGGAGGCAUUUGUGGCUGAGUUUGCUACUUACGCGAACGCGAACCCAGCGGUUGCCGUCGGCUCAAUCGUCGGUGUGUCCGUGUUGGCAGUACUCGGCUUGUUCUUCCUGUGCUGCGCGUCAGGCUCACCAAAGCCGGAGACAGACAAGAAGGCCGAGAGUGGCGCGGAGGAUGAGGAGGACGAGGCGGCUGCCAAGGCUGUGGACAGCGACGAAAAGCAACAGAAACUGCGUCAACGCAAGAAGGCUCCCAAGGUCGACUAA